ACCAAUCUAUAUAUACCAAAAAAAUUUCACAAUGACACAAAAUAGCAAGUUAAGACAAAGAGCAAAGGGAUUGCGAGCCGUUUGGAGAGACGGCAAAGAAAGAAAAAAUAACCAUAGUCCAAGCCGGCUAGCUAGGCAGUAGCAGUGCCCUCAACUAGAAGAGUAGUUACAGUGAUCAUCAUCAUCAUCUUCUUCUUCAUCGUCAAGUUUUCAUGGCGAAGAUCUCCCGGAAAAGCCAGAAAAACACUACACCAACCGGUAACAACGGUGAGAACGCCACAACCAAAGCUAAAUCAAAGGCGAAAAGGACUCGAAAAAGCGUACCAAGAGACUCUCCACCUCGCCGCAGCUCCAUUUACAGAGGUGUCACAAGACAUCGUUGGACAGGUCGAUAUGAAGCUCAUUUGUGGGAUAAGAAUUGCUGGAAUGAUUCUCAAAAUAAGAAAGGAAGACAAGUGUAUUUAGGAGCUUAUGAUAAUGAGGAAGCUGCAGCACAUGCAUAUGACUUGGCAGCAUUGAAGUACUGGGGACAAGACACAAUUCUUAAUUUUCCACUAUCAACAUAUGAAGAAGAGAAGAAGGAAAUGGAGGGUCAAUCUAAAGAAGAAUAUAUUGGAUCUCUUAGGAGAAAAAGCAGUGGAUUUUCCCGAGGAGUUUCGAAAUAUAGGGGAGUGGCAAGACACCACCAUAAUGGAAGAUGGGAAGCACGAAUUGGAAGAGUAUUUGGAAAUAAAUAUCUCUACCUAGGAACCUAUGCUACACAAGAAGAAGCAGCCACAGCUUAUGACAUGGCAGCAAUUGAGUACCGUGGACUUAACGCUGUUACAAAUUUUGAUCUAAGCCGCUACAUCAAGUGGCUACGUCCAACCACCCAAGAUAACCCUAACAACUUCCAACCAAACCCUAAUGGAGACCUAAUUAAUAAUCCAAACCCUAACCCUAAUAAUAACCAUGAAGGAGGGUUACUAAGCUCAAGUGUUGAUGAUUCGGCAGCAGUGGGCCCGCCAUGCAACGACGGUUGUGUGGCGAGGCCUUCGUCAGCCUUAGGGCUACUACUACAGUCCACUAAGUUCAAAGAAAUGCUCGAGAGAACUACUUUGGCAGUGGAUUGCCCAUCAACGUCGGCUGAGACUGAACUGCCCCGCCGGAGCUUCCCCGAGGACAUACAAACAUACUUCGAUUGCCAAGAUUCUUGCAGCUAUACUGAGGGAGAUGACAUUCUUUUUGGUGACUUGGGAAACACGUUUCCUAUCAAUGCACCUAUUUUUCAUUGUGAAGAACUCGAUGCAUAGAGAGAAAGACAACUUGGAACACUAGCUACACAAAAUAAAUCUUCGCUGCGUACCCUUUUAAAAUCACAUUUUGUGAAUAGUGGAAGCAAAAUUAGUAAUUUGAUUUAAUUUUCCUUUUUAACAGUGCAAUAUCAAGACAGGUAAAAAAAAUAGAUUGAUUUUUUUCAAGCAACCUUUAUUUAUUUUGAGGGUGCAGAAGAGGGUUUUUCUUUCUUCUUCUUUUUUUUCUGGUUAAUUUUCAUAUUGUAGAUAGAUGAAAAUAGAUACUAUUAUUUGCCACAAAAAAACAGACACUAUUAUUGUUAUUGAUUUGUCUUAAUAAGAUAACUGUUAGCGUUUCUGGGA